UAAUAACUACUAGUUCGGGUUUACGGAUUUGCGUUUCAAAGAAAAUUGUUCUAAUGGGUGACUCUAAGGAAACUUCGUGUAGGCUUUGCCUUAAAAGCGUAACAAAUAAAUGUUUUGAAGUAAUUGACGAUGUUAUUAAAAACAUUCUAGGUAUUCUCUCGCUGAAAUUGAAAUUCAAUAGCGAGAGCGAACAAGUAAUAUGCAACGCAUGUAGAAGAAAAUUAAAUGCGGCAUUGGGAUUUAAGUCGAUAUGUUGGAAUACCGAUAACGCAAUUGUUCCGUAUGUGGACCGCGAGAAAUUGUUACAGCUCGACUUGAGAGAAGUUUAUAUGAAAGAAAAAGGCAGCGAACGCUUAAUCGAUAUUUCUUGCGAUCAACAAGUAUGUCGUCUGUGUAUGGAGCUAGUAGAAAGUGAAUUCAGAUGUAUUCGUGACGAGGAACUCGAAGCUAUUAAAAUAUUCGUUCCGGAAAUGAAUGUCACCACCGUCAAAGAUCCCGUUGUAUGUAAACCCUGCUUCGAUUCUCUGUGCGCUCACAACACUUUCCUUAAAGACUGCUUAGCGGUAGAGGAAACAAUUUGUGACAGUCCUGUCACAAAGCGUCAAACAGAGGCGCUGCCACCUGAUUUGUUAAUUAAGAUUGAAAUGCUAGACGAAGAAUCCAAAAUUGACAAGGCGGGGACAACAUUCAAAACUGAAUUUGUCGACGUGAAAUCAGAAUAUGAAGGCAGAUGCGAUGGACUACCGGGUCGUUCGAAUAAUGCAAUGUUUGAGAACGACUUUAAACAUGCACAAGAGGGGGGAUGUAAUCAUGAUGAGAGUGGAUCAAUCAGAGAAUCGCUCGCAUCAACUGAAGUAUCGAACGAGUGUGACAAAUGUAAUUAUGAAACUGAAAGCAAUAUCCAUUUUCUGGCGCCACACGAAAACUUUUACAAACCGCACAAAUGCGGACCAUGCGAGUAUGAAACCGAAAAUAGCAAAUUACUGCAGACGAAUAAAGAUGUUCGGAUGUUCAAGUGCGAUCUGUGUAGCUACGAAUCGAAGUACAAAAUGAACCUCACUCAGCACCAGGCAAAGCACAAAAGUACAUCCGAGGCGAUAUUGUACAAGUGUGACGAUUGCGAUUUCCAAACAAAGUACAGAUCCGGUAUUUACCGUCACCGUUCCAGGCACAAGGACUCCUCAGAAGUACCAACGUAUAAAUGUACCGACUGCGAGUACGAAACCAGGACGAAGUACAACCUCACAACGCAUCGGUUGGUGCACGACAAUCCUUCCGGAGCACGAAAGUACACUUGUACCUUGUGCGAGUACGAAACCAGCUACAAAUCUAACUUCAAAAGCCACCAGUUGAAGCACGAGAACCCUUCGGCCGUCCAAAUGUACGUUUGCGAGGACUGCGACUAUAAAACCGAACAAAAGCAUUACCUCGCACGACACGCCCUUAAACAUAAGGAUUGCUCGCAGGUGCCCAUGAACAGGUGCAACGUUUGCGAUUACCAGUCGAAGUACAAGAAGAAUCUGAUUCGACACGAGUUGACGCACAAAGACGCUUCGCAGGUGCAGACGUACAGGUGUAACGACUGCGAUUUCGAGACUAAACACAGGGGUAACAUCAAGUUUCAUGUGUUGAAGCAUAGGGACCGUUCCCAGGUGCCGCUGUACCGGUGCGAAGUAUGUGAGUACGAGUCGAUGUACAAGAGGAACUUUACCCUGCAUCAGUUGAAGCACAAAGACGCGUCGCAGGUUGAAAUGUAUCGUUGCGACGCCUGCGACUUUGAGACGAAGUAUAAGAAGAGUUUGAAGUACCACAAGCUGAACCACAAAAGAACGGUUACAAACGUUUGA